GGCGUCGCUUUUUAAUGACGUCAUUUCUGUCUUGUUGGAAGGUAAUUUCUUCAGGAAAAGAAAGUUCGCUCGACAAGACUGGUGAGGCUGGUAGCUUGUCUGUCCUUACAGCUACUCCGACUGUCAGCUAAGAUGUCCUCUGAUGAAGACUUCAAUAUGGAAACCACAGACCUCUUGUCACUACUUUUUGAAGAUGGACACAUAGAAGACGAUGUCUUUGCUGAUGGAGCCAGACUUAUGCAGGAAUGGGGUCUUUCAGAACAAGAUAUGAUAAAUGAUAAUGAAACUGAAGAGUUUCUGAACUCCAUUUUGGGCCCGUUUGAAGAGGAUAUGAAACCAGUGCACUCUUGGUCACCAAUGGGUAGUGACAGUGGGAUAUCAGAGGACAACAAUAACUGCCAUAGCCCAUCAAGCAGUGACAUCACCCUGUCUCCUAACGUGAAAUUCCCUGAUCAGGCUGACAGCCCUGAAUUUCAGACUGCCUAUGUAUAUGAUAUAAUACAGAGUGACCAUAACUACUCCCUCCAGGAGGGGGCGGAAGAUAAUGACUGCAUACUGCACAGUGUGAGAACUGAGGAGCCCGAGAUAGAUGUCUCCAUUGACUUGGAAGACUGGAAUCCAGAAGAUAUAGCUGAAGAUGAGUUUGCUGAUAACCCAGUCACUCUUUCUAUAGAAGACGUUGCACAUUCUGGUGGGUCAUAUCAGUUUAAGGAGCUGAUUUUGACAGAGGAGGAAAAGAGAAUUUUGGCAAAGGAGGGUGCAGUAUUACCAAGUCAUAUGCCGCUCACAAAGGUUGAAGAGCGCCUGUUGAAAAGAGUAAGACGAAAGAUUCGCAACAAGCAGUCUGCACAGGAAAGUCGUAAAAAGAAGAAACAGUAUGUUGAUGGCCUUGAGAGCAGAGUAACUGCUUGCACAAUUCAAAACCAGGAACUACAGAAGAAAGUCCAACAGCUACAGAAACAAAAUAUGACACUGAUUGAACAGCUCCGCAAACUUCAGGCACUGGUGAAGCAGACCACCAUGAAAACGACAACUGCCAGCACUUGUAUAAUGGUAUUCCUGCUGUCAUUUUGCCUGAUUGUUUUUCCAAGUGUGAACCCCUUUGGUACAACCAACAUUCAGAAGGGACUCUAUACGACUUCAGGAGAUGUUUUCCUUCACUCCACAGUGGUUUCAAGGAAUCUCCGUUCUAUAAAUACUGCUGAAACCUUGAAUCAGUAUGAGCAACCAAAGGUCAGCAAGUACACGUCUGAUGAGAAUGUAAAUGUGUUGCUCGAGGCUGAGAUUGACAAACCGGUGAUAACUGGUGGACAGAAUCUCACACCUGAGAUCCACAAAGUUGAGAAAGCAGAGUCUGAAUCGGCAGUGAAUAGCAACUCUUCCUCUGAUUUCCCUUCACAAGCAAAAUCUGCAGUGAUACCAGAAGUGGAUCCAAACAGCCAAUACAGUUCUGGAGAAAAAGGAGUGAACUAUAAAGUGAAUUCUCCUGCAGUUACUAAAGAUGACUGGACAGACCACAAACCCACAACUGUGAUAAUACAGCAACACCAUUCGGAUGAGAUGUAGCCAGAGACCUCUGCAUGUCACACUUGCUUAUAGCUGAAAUAACGUGUUGUUCUGUAAAUAUGUGGCCAGUUUCGAUAUGGCUGUGUACCAUAUGCUGCAGGCAGUGGGACACUAGACUGUUGCAGGCAAUGGGCGGUAAACCACCAUGUUUUCUACGUUUCCUUUAUUGGUUCACUCAGUGUCAUGAGUAUGCCACUUAAGGUAAAUAAUGGAAACAACUGCAGUUUGCACUACUGAUUUGUAAGUCUCUUGAGAGAACUGUCAGCCAAAUGUAUGUUUUCUACUGUAGAGGAUACAAUGCUAUAUUAUUUUUCCAUUUAGGUUAGCAGAUGUCUCAAGUCUGAUGAAUUUAUUUUUGUUGAAUGUCUUCAUAUGUGUAUAUCUACAUUUUGUCAGACUUGCUUAAACCAUGUCAUGGUUGCAGGGCGACAGUCUAUGUCAGUAUCACAGGGCACAAGGCAGGAAACCGCACCAGUCUAUCGGAGGGCACCCACACUCUCACUCGCCUGCAUUGCAUGUCGUUAGGAAUGUGCGAGUAAAACCCACACAGACAAGAACUGGAUAUGGGAUUUGGGCCCAGGAUGCAGGAUUCAUGAUGCACCAUUGUGCACCCAGUAUUUCUUUGGCAGUCAUUUAUAUAUUUCUGCCCAUCUGUCUGUCCAAGCAUCAUGCCAAAAGCACUGCGCCUAUUUCUAUAAAGAAGUUUGCAGUUAUUUCCAGUACUGUAUAGCCAAACUUUCAGGCUAAAAAAACUUAACAUUGUUUACAUAGUACUAGGGUGUUGUACCGUGUUAACCAUUAUGGAUGUAGCGAGAAGUCAAGCAAAAUGACACCUUUUACUGGCUAACUGAAAAGAUUACGAUAUGCAAGCGGAUGAGGCAACUUGGGCCCCAUCUUGCCUGACGAAGGGACCCGAGUUGCCUCAUUAGCUUGCAUAUUGUUAUCUUUUUAGUUAGCCAAUAAAAGGUGUCAUUUUGCUUGACUUCUCAUUAUAUUGUCUACAUAUAAUUAUAUAGAAAAAAGUAGAAAUUGACACAACUUCACUAAAAGUUGGCCAUUUUUGCUGGGCCUUUUAUACCUUUUAACCUCACCAUGAUUUUUUUUACUUCAGAAGAAUUUGAAAUCAUUCUUUAGCAAAGCAAUGCCAUCAUUGGGUAUUUAGGUUGACAAGUUUUUUUUUACUGGGAAUAUUAAAAAAAUAUGUUGAAAAAGAAUGAGAUUUUUAUAUUUGCCCCACAACAACUCUUUUGUUUACUGCAUCAAAAAUUUUUUUGUUCAACAUAUAAUGAGCAAAAAAAAGAUGGAACGGAUUUUUGAUAAAUAGAUACUUUAUUGUGAAUUUCCCCUUGGGAUUAAUAAAGUAUCUAUCUAUCUAUCUAUCUAUCUAUCUAUCUAUCUAUCUAUCUAUCUAUCUAUCUAUCUAUCUAUCUAUCUAUCAAAAAUCCAUUCCAUCUUUUUUGCUCAUUAUAUGUUGAACAAAAAAAUUUCCCAUUCAGUUUUUGUCUAUGCCGGGCAAAUAAUAAGGGAGCAAAUUACCAAUUUGUGACAAGAUCUGUACUUGAGCUGGAGUAACAAAAGGUGUUUUGAGGGGGCAGACAUUUGGUGGGGAUCUGGCAGGAGUGCCACUCAGUGAGGAGGAGGAGGGUUUGUCCGCAGCUGGAUCCUCCACUGUACGUUAUGACUGUUGUGUAUUAUGCGCUUUAACAGUCAGUCAUUUUGUAACUCGCUUAGUCCUGAACAGAGUUGCAGGGGUCUGCUAAAUUCAGUUCACACAGAAUGCAUUAUUAUUAGUGAACUAGUACAAGUUGCUCUUUGCUGGAAAAUUAUUUUUAUUUCUCUAAAUCUUACACUUUUCACAGUCUUGAUCUGAGCUUGUGAGUUCUAGAUAUAAAAUUACUAAACGAUACUAAAAAAAAAAACAUGAUGUCUUCCUGCUGCGGUGAGGAGGCCCAUAGUGUCGGGUCUGCUUUUUGUUUAUUUAACGUAUUCAGCGUACAUUGUAUCACUCUUUCAGGAGAAGGUGGUUAGAACAGCUAGUGCAUAAAAAAAGGCAAUCCAUAAGUUAAGGAUACCUAAAAGUAGAUCUUUAUAUUAUUUGCAGACUAAUUUUUAAUAGGUAUACAUUAAUACAAAGUAUAUUAUUAGUAUGAUACAUCUUGCUAGUGGGCUGGGAGGGUUUGAUCUGAGGCAGCACUUUAGAGGAUGGCAUUGAAGAACAACAUCCCACAAAGUCUUACAUCGAACAUUCCAUAAAUGUGUAGGUGAUGCUAACCAUAUGAAACACUGAAUGCCCGACAUUGUUGCCUAUGUAAUUUGUAUUUGUAUAAUUUAAAAUGAGCUACGGUUUUGGGGAAAGGCAGGUGCCGUGUUCCGGAGUCUUUGUACAGGUGGCAUUGUUAGUCCAUGUGGUUUGUAAAUAUUCAGACUUGCUUGUUUAUAUUGUCAGUUGUAAUGUGUAUUUAUGUAAAACAACUUAUUAAAGACGUUCAUCCCGGUGA